ACUCAGCCCGUUCACCCGUCAGCGCGCCGCGCGUGACGUCACCUACCCGCGACGAGCUCCCUACAGACGCUGAACAUAGAAAAGCGCGAGUCCCGGAGCCUGGGAAGGGGAUGAGAGGGCACGGGAGAGGCUACGGCUGUUAUUAUCCGGACAUAUCCCUGCGAUGAGGCACACCCCAGUCCAGCCCCAGCUGCCGCCUUUCUCCCCUCACUGUCUGACAGGAGCCCAGAAUGACAAAGCGUUUUAUAGAGGAGGGGAUGACAGUUGGGAUGAAGAGGAGGAUGAAGGUCUCGGGAGAGCAUGCACCCCCCCUCCCAGGCAUCAGCGCAGGAGUCGGAGGCAGAGAUUACGCGCCCUGCGUUCCCUAUACCUGCGCCUGUACAAGCGCUCCCCCAUGCUGCCCUUUCACUUGAAACUUUGGGGAGGCUUCGGGGGCAGAAGGAAACGAUUUUGGAGGAAAGGGCGGGAAGGUGGUGGCUGUUCCGUGGGGGCGGAGCUGGACAAAUCACAUGGCAGGGGAGCUGAAGAGGUUUCCUCAGUGACCAAUCACUUUGCAGAAGAGGAGACAGAUCCCCCCUACGGACUGCCAAAUGGAUUCUCCCCUCUACCGACCCCAUCUGACCCCAUCCUCAUCACAAACGUGUGCAGCAUCGGGAACCAGCACACUCCAACUACCAACGGGCCCCGUCCUCAGGAAGAACUAACCCCACCCCCGGAGAAGGAAGCUCCACCCACUAUCACCCUGACGCAGGAGCACGUGACCUGUGUGCAAAGUAUCCUGGACCAGUUCCUGCAGACGUACGGCAGCCUCAUACCCCUGGGGACAGAUGAGGUUUUGGAGAAGCUGGAGGACGUGUUCCAGGAGCCCUUUUCUACCCCGGCCAGGAGGACUGUGGUGCAACAUGUGAUCCAGUCAUACCAGCGGCAUCCUGGGAACGCCAUGUUACGGGGAUUCCGUGUGACCUACAAGCGCCAUGUGUUAAGUAUGGACGACCUGGGCACUCUCUAUGGCCAGAACUGGCUCAAUGACCAGGUAAUGAACAUGUAUGGAGAUUUGGUUAUGGAUGCUGUACCAGACAAGGUUCAUUUCUUCAACAGUUUCUUUUACGAUAAACUGCGAACUAAAGGCUACGAAGGGGUUAAGAGGUGGACGAAAAACGUGGAUAUCUUUAACAAACAGUUGCUCCUUAUCCCCAUACAUCUCGAGGUCCACUGGUCCCUUGUUUGUGUGGAUGUACUGAACCGGACCAUCACAUACUUUGAUUCCCAACGCACUCUCAACAGACGAUGUCCCAAGCACAUAGCCAAAUACCUCCAGGCCGAGGCAGUUAAGAAGGACCGACCGGAAUACGUCAGCGGCUGGAAAGGCUUGUUCAAGAUGAAUGUUGCGAGACAGAACAACGAUAGCGACUGCGGGGCGUUUGUAUUGCAGUACUGUAAGUUCCUUGCCCUUGGACUCCCAUUCACCUUCGGGCAGCACGACAUGCCCAAACUCCGGCGGAAGAUCUACAAGGAGCUGUGCCACUGCAAGCUGGCGGUGUGAGGCCACGCGUCUUCUAACGUGAGACAAACGUGUGCAUCCAACGUGCGCCAUUAUUGUAGGGGACCCUGCGGAGACUUUUUACUUGCGGUGGUGGCCUCUCCGGGGGCUGCGCUGAUCAUCGUCUUUGCCCCUUCCCGGUGGACCGUACUACCUGUUUACCCCAGUGGGUGCCUCGCCCACCCGUACAUUGAAGGAUUCUGUGGAUCAAUUCCAGGGGGGAGUCCCUGCUGCGCCGUUUCGCUGGUGGAUCGUCUUUCCUCGUCCUUCGUGUCCCGUGCCCUCUCCACAAUCCCCCCCCAAACACUUUAUUCUUUGCGUAACUUUUUUUUUUUUUUUACACAGUUCAUUUCUUAUUUAAAUGUUUUCUGGGACAAAUUUGUAGUUUUUUUUUUUUUUUUGUCAAAAAAUAAAAAGGAGAAAAAAAAAACAGCUGAAUAAAAAGUUGUAUAGUAAUGUGUGUGGUAUACAACUUGUAUUGUGUGUGUAUAUAUUAAAGUUGUAUUGGGAUGCGUGGUGUAAAACUUGUAUUGUGUGUGUAUAUUAAAGUUGUAUUGGGGUGUGUGUAUAAAAGUUGUAUAGUAAUGUGUGUGGUGUAAAACUUGUAUUGUGUGUAUAUAUUAAAGUUGUAUUGGGAUGCGUGGUGUAAAACUUGUAUUGUGUGUGUGUGUGUAUAAAAGUUGUAUAGUAAUGUGUGUGUGUGUGGUGUAAAACUUGUAUAUAUUAAAGUUGUAAUGGGAUGCGUGGUGUAAAACUUGUAGUGUGUGUGUGUAUAAAAGUUGUAUAGUAAUGUGUGUGUGUAUAAAAGUUGUAUAGUAAUGUGUGUGGUAUAAAACUUGUAUAGUAAUGUGUGUGGUGUAAAAGUUGUAUUGUGUGUAUAUAUUAAAGUUGUAUUGGGAUGCGUGGUGUAAAACUUGUAUUGUGUGUGUGUGUAUAUUAAAGUUGUAUUGGGGUGUGUGUAUAAAAGUUGUAUAGUAAUGUGUGUGGUGUAAAACUUGUAUUGUGUGUAUAUAUUAAAGUUGUAUUGGGAUGCGUGGUGUAAAACUUGUAUUGUGUGUGUGUGUAUAAAAGUUGAAUAGUAAUGUGUGUGUGUGGUGUAAAACUUGUAUUGUGUGUAUAUAUUAAAGUUGUAUUGGGAUGCGUGGUGUAAAACUUGUAGUGUGUGUGUGUGUAUAAAAGUUGUAUAGUAAUGUGUGUGUGUGGUGUAAAACUUGUAUUGUGUGUAUAUAUUAAAGUUGUAUUGGGAUGCGUGGUGUAAAACUUGUAGUGUGUGUGUGUGUAUAAAAGUUGUAUAGUAAUGUGUGUGGUGUAAAACUUGUAGUGUGUGUGUGUGUGUGUAUAAAAGUUGUAUAGUAAUGUGUGUGGUGUAAAACUUGUAGUGUGUGUGUGUGUGUAUAAAAGUUGUAUAGUAAUGUGUGUGGUGUAAAACUUGUAUUGUGUAUAUAUUAAAGUUGUAAUGGGAUGCGUGGUGUAAAACUUGUAGUGUGUGUGUGUAUAAAAGUUGUAUAGUAAUGUGUGUGUGUAUAAAAGUUGUAUAGUAAUGUGUGUGGUGUAAAAGUUGUAUUGUAUGUGUAUAUAUUAAAGUUGUAUUGGGAUGCGUGGUGUAAAACUUGUAGUGUGUGUGUGUGUAUAUUAAAGUUGUAUUGGGGUGUGUGUAUAAAAGUUGUAUAGUAAUGUGUGUGGUGUAAAACUUGUAUUGUGUAUAUAUUAAAGUUGUAAUGGGAUGCGUGGUGUAAAACUUGUAGUGUGUGUGUGUGUGUGUGUGUGUGUAUAAAAGUUGCAUAGUAAUGUGUGUGGUGUAAAACUUGUAUUGUGUGUGUAUAUAUAUUAAAGUUGUAAUGGGAUGCGUGGUGUAAAACUUGUAUUGUGUGUGUGUAUAAAAGUUGUAUAGUAAUGUGUGUGGUGUAAAACUUGUAGUGUGUGUGUGUGUGUGUGUGUAUAUUAAAGUUGUAUUGGGGUGUGUGUAUAAAAGUUGUAUAGUAAUGUGUGUGGUGUAAAACUUGUAUUGUGUGUGUAUAUAUUAAAGUUGUAUAUGGGGGUGUGUGAGUGAGUUUGUAUCAAAGUUGU